UUAAAAUUCAUUGACCACAAUGUUGGUUUUUGCGGGCGUUUUGGUUUUGUGCUUUGCCUCAGUACAUUCUGUAGGUAUUUGUGAUGGAUUAUUCGGGGUUCAAUGGAAAAUGGACCCUGUAGACUGUUCCAAGUUUUACUGGUGCAUGAAUGGACGGGAAUAUGAAUUUAAAUGUCCAGAAAACUCUGUUGUAGACCGUGAGAGUCGAUCCUGUGUACCAAAAGGCUCCACCUACGAUACCUGUACAACACAGACACCACAAAGGGUACCCUCAAUCUGUGAAUUGCAAGCUGAAACCCGCAUAGCUCACCCCGACAGCUGUGCUAAAUACUACGAUUGUACUAACAAAAAAGCCAGUGGUGCCGACCCAGAAGUCAAAGAGUGCAAGUAUCCUUUCCUGUUUGACGAGGAGACGAUGAGAUGCGAGCAUUUCAGCACCACAAAGUGUGGAAGACGAUUCGAGCCCAAAAGCCAAUGUGGCUAUGAGGCAAAUAAAUGUAGAUCUGCCCACUGCAUUCCCUGCCACAUUCGUUUUCCAAGCUGCGAAGGUUACGAAGAUGGCAUGAAUCCCUGGAAAGGUCGCGAGGGAUCGCCUCACUAUGUCGUUUGCCAAAGUGAGCGUGUUGUAUAUCAAGGAGAAUGCCCACGAUACGCCGACACCCAGCACAUAUUUCACCCAGUUAAAAAACUUUGUGUAGACUUCAAAGAAAUGGACAUGUAAUAGCUUAGUUCAUAAUAAUCAUUAUGUUUUGAAAAAUUGUUGGU